UCCCCGCGGGCGGGCGAGCAGCAGCGCGGCCGCCCCCGCACCGCCUCCCUGCCGCCGGGGGCUCGUCUGCCGCCUGCGGGGCGGGCGGCGGCGCCGGGAGCGGCGAGGCCAGCGGAGCGGGGAGCGCCGCCGCCGAGAGCCAUGAGGAAAUUUAACAUCAGAAAGGUGCUGGACGGGCUGACGGCGGUCUCGUCCGCCGCCUCGGCGUCGUCCGCCGCGCAGCAGCAGCAGGCGGGGAACCGGGAGAGCGACAUCCAGGAGACGCUCCAGUCCGAGCACUUCCAGCUCUGCAAGACUGUACGCCAUGGUUUCCCCUAUCAACCUUCAGCUCUGGCAUUUGAUCCUGUUCAGAAAAUACUUGCCAUCGGGACCCAGACUGGAGCAUUAAGACUCUUUGGUCGGCCAGGUGUUGAAUGUUACUGCCAGCAUGACAGUGGAGCUGCAGUAAUCCAGCUUCAGUUCCUGAUUAAUGAGGGAGCUCUUGUGAGUGCCUUGGCUGAUGAUACCUUACACCUGUGGAACUUACGUCAGAAGAGACCUGCUAUACUGCAUUCACUCAAAUUUAACCGAGAACGCAUAACAUUUUGUCAUCUGCCUUUCCAAAGUAAAUGGCUAUAUGUGGGCACUGAAAGAGGAAACAUUCACAUUGUCAAUGUGGAAUCAUUUACUCUCUCAGGCUAUGUCAUCAUGUGGAAUAAAGCCAUUGAACUGUCGUCCAAAUCUCACCCAGGUCCUAUUGUCCACAUUAGUGACAAUCCAAUGGAUGAAGGGAAGCUCCUGAUUGGCUUUGAGUCUGGAACGGUGGUAUUAUGGGAUCUGAAGUCAAAGAAGGCCGAUUACAGAUACACACAUGAUGAGGCUAUCCACUCUGUGGCUUGGCAUCAUGAAGGAAAACAAUUUAUUUGUAGUCAUUCAGAUGGUACCUUGACCAUAUGGAAUGUAAAAUCUCCCACCAAACCAUUCCAGACAAUCACUCCACAUGGAAAGCAGCUGAAGGAUGGAAAGAAGCCAGAACCCUGCAAACCUAUUCUUAAGGUGGAAUAUAAAACAACUAGAGCUGGGGAGCCUUUCAUCAUUCUCUCAGGAGGCUUGUCAUAUGAUACUGUAGGAAGAAGACCCUGUUUAACAGUUAUGCAUGGGAAAAGUACUGCUGUCCUAGAAAUGGAUUAUUCUAUUGUUGAUUUUCUAACUCUCUGUGAAACACCGUAUCCUAAUGACUUUCAGGAGCCAUAUGCUGUAGUUGUUCUCCUAGAAAAGGAUUUAGUGCUGAUUGACCUUGCACAAAAUGGGUACCCUAUAUUUGAGAAUCCCUAUCCUUUGACAAUACACGAGUCUCCAGUCACCUGUUGUGAAUAUUUUGCUGAUUGUCCUGUUGACCUCAUACCUGCUCUCUAUUCAGUUGGCGCUCGACAGAAACGUCAAGGUUACAGUAAGAAGGAAUGGCCUAUCAGUGGAGGCAACUGGGGUUUGAUUACCCAGAGCUAUCCAGAGAUAAUAAUUACAGGGCAUGCUGAUGGGUCAAUCAAGUUUUGGGAUGCCUCAGCAAUAACGCUGCAAGUACUCUAUAAGCUAAAAACAGCCAAAGUAUUUGAAAAAUCACGGAAUAAGGAUGACAGGCCAAACACAGAUAUAGUAGAUGAAGAUCCAUAUGCUAUUCAGAUCAUCUCUUGGUGUCCAGAAAGUAGAAUGCUGUGCGUAGCUGGAGUUUCUGCACAUGUCAUCAUCUACAGGUUCAGCAAGCAGGAAGUGACAACAGAAGUCAUUCCGAUGCUGGAAGUGCGCCUGUUAUAUGAAAUAAAUGACAUUGAAUCUCCAGAUGGUGAGCAGAUACCACCAUUACCAACUCCGGGCACAAGUUCCAAUCCUCAGUCCAUUGUUCCCCAGUCUCAUCCAUCUACUAGUAGCAGUUCAUCUGAUGGCCUUCGUGACAAUGUCCCAUGUUUAAAAGUUAAAAAUUCUCCUCUUAAGCAGUCUCCAGGCUACCAAAUUGAGCUAGUUAUCCAACUAGUGUGGGUGAGUGGAGAACCUCCUCAACAGAUAACCAGCUUAGCAGUCAAUUCAGCGUAUGGCCUAGUAGUUUUUGGAAACUGUAAUGGUAUUGCCAUGGUCGAUUACCUCCAGAAGACAGUCCUCUUGAAUCUUGGCACUAUUGAACUGUAUGGUUCCAAUGAUCCUUAUCGUAGGGAGCCACGAUCUCCCCGAAAAACUCGUCAGCCAUCUGGAGCAGGUCUUUGUGAUAUUAAUGAGGGUACAGUGGUGCCAGAAGAUCGCUGCAAAUCUCCUACUUCAGGUUCUGGUUCACCAAAUUCUGAUGAUGAUGAGCAAAAAAUGAAUAAUUUUAUAGAAAAGGUGAAGACCAAAAGCAGACAGUUUUCCAGGAUGGUAGCCAAUGACAUAGCAAAGAUGUCCAGGAAGCUAAGUUUGCCAACAGAGUUAAAGCCUGAUUUAGAUGUUAAGGACAACUCUUUCAGUCGAUCCAGAAGUUCUAGUGUAACUAGCAUUGACAAAGAGUCACGUGAGGCAAUUUCAGCUCUUCAUUUCUGUGAGACUUUCACAAGAAAGGCUGAUACAUCACCUUCUCCAUGCCUGUGGGUUGGUACUACCCUGGGUACCGUGCUUGUCAUUGUACUGAACCUACCCCCAGGAGGAGAGCAAAGACUUCUUCAGCCAGUAAUUGUUUCUCCUAGUGGAACCAUCCUGAGGCUAAAAGGGGCAAUCUUGAGAAUGGCUUUUCUGGAUACCACCGGCUCUUUAGUCCCACCUGCACAUGAACCCUGGAGAGAACACAAUGUUCCUGAAGAUAAAGAUGAAAAAGAUAAAUCGAAAAAACGACGACCAGUCUCAGUGUCCCCCUCAUCCUCUCAGGAAAUCAGUGAAAACCAAUAUGCAGUGAUAUGUUCUGAAAAGCAAGCAAAAGUUAUCUCACUGCCAUCCCAGAACUGUAUUUAUAAGCAUAACAUAACAGAGACUUCUUUUGUUCUUCGUGGAGAUAUAGUAUCAUUGAGUAACAGUAUUUGCCUUGCAUGUUUCUGUGCCAAUGGACAUAUUAUGGCUUUUAGUUUGCCAAGCUUAAGGCCACUGUUGGAUGUGUAUUACCUGCCACUCACUAAUAUGCGAAUAGCCAGAACAUUCUGCUUCACCAAUAAUGGACAAGCACUCUAUCUUGUCUCGCCAACUGAAAUACAGAGGCUCACCUACAGUCAAGAAACAUGUGAAAAUCUUCAGGAAAUGUUAGGUGAGCUCUUCACUCCUGUUGAAACACCAGAAGCACCAAACAGGGGGUUUUUCAAAGGCCUCUUUGGAGGUGGGGCACAGUCACUUGACAGAGAAGAACUCUUUGGAGAAUCAGCAUCUGGGAAGGCAUCAAGAAGUCUUGCCCAGCAUAUUCCAGGGCCUGGAGGUAUUGAAGGUGUCAAAGGAGCAGCAUCUGGUGUAGUUGGGGAAUUAGCACGAGCCCGGUUGGCACUGGAUGAAAGAGGACAGAAACUAGGAGAACUGGAAGAAAAGACAGCAGCUAUGCUUUACAGCGCUGAUUCUUUCUCUAAACAUGCUCAUGAGAUGAUGUUGAAGUACAAAGACAAGAAGUGGUACCAAUUCUGAUGACGCUCAUUGAUUACAUCAUUCAAUUUUGUCCUGAUGAAAAAAUCUUGGUUUUCAUUAAUUUUGGCAGGAACAUUGAAAUUUAAAGGAGUAUUCAACAUUGGAUAAUGUUGUUUCCUAGCACAAAUCACACACUGUUUUACCUCAGUCAUGGCUUUAACUGAGGAGCUUUAUAUAUAAGAGAAACGCACUCAAAGAAAGAAAACCUGAGCUUUUCUUUGCUGUUGGAUAGCUGAGAGUUGGAAUACAGAGCAGGUAAUUGGAAUAUGUGGAAAAGAGGUAAAGGAAGAAUGUAGUGUGAUGGGCAGGGGCAAUUCAGGGUCAAUCCUGUGUUAAUAUCUCAUGCCAAAAGUUUUUGUGCUGUUGUACUUGCUGCCAGUGUUAUACCCUCCCUGUGAGGAGAGGCAAUAAAUCAGGGGUCCAAGAGCUGGAAUAAAGUUGUUUGUCUUGCUGGACAGUAGCUGACUUAGGCUUACUCUCUCUAGGACUCACUAUAUUUACCGUUAUUGUUGAAGAAGAGUGGAAGCUUGCUGUCAUUUCUUUCAUCGGAAAAGCUGGAAGCUUGGAAGAUUUCAUGUUGAAAAUUGUAUACAUAGUUGACCUGUGCAUAGUCUUUUCUUGGACCCCAAUCUAGUAUUCUUGUAUUCACAUCAUAUUCUGUGAAGUGCAAAACAAGAGAAUACGCAAUUUUUGCAUUAAAAGAAGUCAAGUGAAUAUGACUGGAAUGUGUCAUGCUGGGAGUUUUCAUUUGUGUUAUGGAUGUGCAAUGUGAAAUGUGGUAACAUAUUCAUUGUGGUAAGAAUACUUCAACUUCUGUUUAGUUACAUAUUACUUUUUGCCAAAAAUAGUUAUUGGUUCUGUUUGUGUAACAUUUAGAAUUGGCUGUGGGUUCCAUUCAUGCUGUGAAUUUUUAUAGAACUUUAACAGAAUGUAUCUUUACAGCCAUUAAUUAAAAUAGCUGGGAUAGUUUUGCUUAAAACUUAGGUUCUGGAUGCCCCUUUAAUCCUUUACUAUUAAAUCAGAUAAUCUCGUACUCAGGUUUCCAAUCAUUUUUACACUCCAUGGAGGUGCUGAUGCAUGAACAAUGGCAAGCAUCUAAUAUUUAAUAAUUGUCAAGAUAUUGUUUGGCUAAUUUCUAAAUCCUGCUUGUAGAGCUAUUUUACAAGUACCUAUCUCAGCCCCACCAAGUGCUAAAGGCAGCUUGCCUAAAGUUUGGAUUUAGUCUCAAAAGCGGUGUUUUCAAUUAUGUGGGAAAUAGUAAGUGUCCACUAAAACUUCAGAAAUUGGUGAAAAAAUCAUCAACUUGGGUGAGGUAAAUAAUUUAGCUAAGUGAACUUGUUAGUGGCUGCUGCACUGAAGCUGUAACAGUGGGGUUGACCAGAAUUCUUUUAAAAUAAAUGUUUGCAUUUCAAAAAUGAAUUCGGCCUUUGUUUUCCUCAAAAAGGCAGGAGUAGUUACUGACUGUUUUUAUUUUACAAAAGGGAAUGCUUAGAAGCUGGUAGAUCAUUCUGGUAGGUCAUUUCUUGCAAUAUGGUCUGAAAUCAUUUGAAUCUGCUUGUCCGAGUACAACAUUCUAUGUGUGGGUUUUUUUCGCACACAUUCCAAAUGUUGCUCAAGCCAAACAUGAGCUAUAAUUUGUAUUUUAAAGCUAUGUUUCACGUAUGUAGAUAUGUGAUCCUUACAAUAUGCAUAAAAAAGAUGCCAAAUAGUAAAGUUAAUGACGGUUCUUAAUUCAUUUUUUAAAUUUGUCACUCAUCCCAGCAAGUGUGUUUUGGGUUUUGUAGCACAAACUGAUAAAUGUUAUGAUUUUAGCUGUCAUAGAAUCAAAGAAUAGCUUGAGUUAGAAGGGACCUUAAAGAUCAUCUGGUUGCAACUCCUGCUGUGGGCAGGGUUGCUACACAUUAGAUCAGGAUCUAUCAUGGCAUUUGGUAAAAAUAAGUGAAUUUUUGUUGUCUCUAUGAGGGCAUACAAUACCAUGUGAGCUGUUCAAGGAUCUUAACAUAUUUGAACAUCACCAUUUGAACAUGCAGUAUUAGGAUUUCUUGACGUCUCUGUACCAUAUCUAUUGAGGCAAUGUUAGCUCUGGUUACUUAACUCUGCUUUCUACAUGUAUUUUUUUUUUUGCCUCUGCCUGUUAUUUUAUGUCCAACUAAUGCAUAUUUAAAACAAUACGAUUUUGUUUAAAGCCCAGGUAAACUAUGGUCAUACAAUUUACAAAAAUCCAACACCCUAUGUGAUGUUUCACAUCCUUUUUUUUCUCACGUUCAUAAAUUGGGAUGACCGAUUAUUAUUUAACUUGAUGAAGAUAAAACUGUAUUUCAGAGCAAUGGAAUCAUCCUGGAAAAUUAGUCUGGUUAAUCUCUGGGGGAGAAGAUGACAAAAAUACUCUUCAGCAAAUUGUCUUAUAAGUUCAAUGGAAGAUGGCCUUGGCAUGGAAGAAAAGCAUACUGAACUUUGCCAUUGAGAUACAUUUGUUGACCACCAGCAAGCAAAAAAUGAGGCAAUGAGAGACCAUGUGCCAGAGGAGAGUAGAGGUUUGUUUGAUUUUAUAGAAUCUAUUGUAGUUGAAUCUUUUGUUGCAUAUGUUUCGAGGAUUGAAAACUAGCGAAAUGAUAGCUCAUGAGAUGAAUACAAACAUGGUUCUUGGCCAAUAACAGGGGCUAUGUACAAUCUCAGUCUAAAAUGUUUCUUUUUCCUUCUCUGUGGAAGGAAGUUGAUCAUACACGUAUCUUAUUCUGCUCUUGGUGGUGCACCUUUUGUACAGCAAAGUACAUUAAAAUCCUUUGGGGGGAAUCACCCCUGGUUUUUUUCGCUAGCAUUUUAGUUGUGUGAAACUUUUUUAGAGUGUCUGGAAAAUUACAAGAUGCAAUUGAGCUAUUACUUUUUUUAUUUUUUUGAUGGAAGCGUAAGAAACUGCUGCUACCUAUCUGUUUAUAUGUAGUGUGUCUCAUUAGGAACUGUAAACUGAAGAAGCUUUUCUUCACCUUAGUCCUGCCAAAUUGUAACUUCUGAAUGUUGAUAUGUGUAAAUAUGCGUGUAUUCCAAAUAAGUCUGAAAGUGUUACACCACAGGCAUCUUCAGUGAUUUGUUCUUGGGCAAACAGGUAUAAAAUGUAGUAAUAUAUAGUUGUGCUCUUUGUCUGUCUACGUACAAAGAUUUUUGCCUGAGGUGGUAUUUACAUGGCAGGUGAUGUUAGAAAGCUACAUCCAAAGGAGGAUUUUGGAAGCAAGUUCAUCUCCUUUUUCCUUUGUUUUCCUUUACUUUUCCUCUUUUUUUUUUUUUUUAUUUCCUUUUUGCUUAUUUAAUAGCACUGAUCUUACCUGAACAUUUAAACUUGAAUUUUUCCUGCACUUUAAUUCAGUCAUGGUAUUUUAUUCCUUAAUUUUGUUUCUACAUUUGUGCCGUUCAGGUUCAUUAUUUGUAUAUAAGUACACACAUUCAGUGAAGAGUUUAGAGCAGAUUACUUUUGGGCACAUUUGCUAAUUAUGUGACUAUAAUUUAGAAUGUGUGUUUUCUUAGCAAAAUAUGUAUAUACAAGUAUAUACAACAUAGAAUCUAAUGAAAAGCACUUAUCCUGUGUCAGCAUUGAGUUUAUAAAUUACUGCAACACUUUCAGGUUUGUUACUAGAUAAUACAAUAAAAAUCUGUUAUAUUUAUACAUACUGCUUAAGAAUAUACUUUUAGUUUUAAAUAAUUUUUAUAUGUACACUUCUACCUUUAAUUUUAAAAAGACUUAUGUUCAAUUUUUAAGUCAAAGUACUUAAAGUGUGUAUAUUAUCCAUAGAAGAAGUUGUUUUAAGCUUAUGAAUACAUUCAUAUCUCAUAUCGAGAUGAUACAAUUACUAAGCAAUGAAAACAAAUAGCCCAUUUUGCUUUGCAGAAAAUAAUCAUACUUAUUUUUAUUUCCCAUUUUGAACAUUCUUAAAAAUUUCCCUAAGUAUGAAGGGGGAAGAUAGUGCAUUCGAAAAACUAACAGAACAUAAUCUUUUUUCUCAAUAACUUCAGUCUGUGGCUUUCCAACUUUCUAUGACUUUUUUUGAUUUUAAGUAAUUACAUGCAAGAAUUUUCAGCUAUAUUCUUUGGACUCUUAAAAUUCCCAAAAAUCUAAGUGAGGUUUGUCCAAUACAGAUUUUAUUUGACUAAUAUACAAGUCCUCUCUAUAUACAUCAACUCUUUACAUGUAAGUCAAUUUCUUUGUAUUCCACAUGUGUGUCGAAAAACCUAUAGCCUGUGACUGAAGUGCCCUCUUCCUCUUUCUCAUCAUAGUUUCGCAUACCCCGUAGAGAUACUGAUGGUGGCUGAAGUUCUGCAUGGGGGUAUGGUGGGAAAGAUACAUAAGGACUUGCCAACCCCUGCAAGUUUACAGGGUAAUUUGUCAAUGGGAUUUUCUUCGUUCUAGCUAAUUUCUUGCAUAACUUAUGUAAAUCAGUCUGGGUGGAUGUUGAUAGCUGUGCUGCUACCAUGAAAUUUUCACAUGCUUUGUAGCGAAAAUGAAUGAUAUUUGGAGGGGGGAGAGUAAAACAAAAAUGUAUGGGAUUGGUGAAUCAAGUACACUAGUCUUAUUUCAGUUUUCAUUCAAAAGCUAAUUUAAGCUGGGCCACUUUCUCUUUCUUACGCAUGUUAUGAAGAUGUGCUGUCUAUCAUCUAUUUGAUUACUGUUCCAAGCCAGAUAAGUGUACUGUGUUUCUGUGUUCUUUUACACUCUCUAAGAUUUAGGCUGAAAGAUGUUGGUGUUAGUAAAGAAGAAACAAGACGGAUACAUACAGCAAUCAAAAGAAAGGUGUCAAUCAGCACUCCUUUUAGUUUUUCAUGUCACAUGCCUAGAAAUGUUGAAGUCAUACAGACAUAGGUUUUUUUGACACUUGCAUUUGUUUUCAUUAGUACCUAAGUUACAUAUUACCAGGCAAAAAAUAACUAGAAGUUAAACUGUUUCAGUUGAAAAUACGUAAGGAGUUGUAUGUGGAUUACCACUACCAUUCAGUUAAUAGGUGAUGCAAAGGGCGUGGGGUGGGAACAUGUUUUAAAUAUUCCCUUUUAAAAAAAAAGAACUGUAAAUAAGCAGUACUAUGUUAUUUUAGACCUGAGCUCUGCUAUCUGUAGUGGUUAGAACUAGGAAAACAUGCUGCUUUCUAGUUAUGCUACUGCUUCAUUGUACCAGCACCAUGGGGGGGGAAAGAAUCAGUAAAUUUUUCUAACGUUGCCCACCUGUGGGUAAGCAUGCUUGAAGUGUAGCAGUUCUCGUUUAUGUAUAUCUGAGUGUGUACAUGUAUGUUUUUUCUUUGUUCAUUGCAACUUAUUUUCAUUUGAAUCUUGCUGAGCCCCACUAGCUCUUCUGAAGGUGAUUACUGGAAUAUGCAUUUUUAGGUAGGGUUGCAAAUCCAUCUGUCUACAAAUAUAGUUUCAUAUGAACUGCAAACUGUACUGUUACAAACACAACUAUGUUAGAUUGCAUAGAGUUAUUUUACUUACAUGUACUUGAACUGAACUAUGUCAUCAUAACAAAGUUAAAAAAAAAAUUAAGUAUGGAAUAUUUUUGUAAAUAAAAAUACCUGUGCAGCUGGUAUUUUAAAUUUAAAAUGUAUUAUACAUUAAUGUUUCAGAAAAAAAUGUUCAUAUAUGUGUAUAUGAAUGUGUCAUUAUGCUGAAGGGCUCUGAUUGGGCAAAAUAAACUAUUCAAAUCUCUCCUGAAA